CGCUGGCAUGUAGUCACACGGGCGGGGAUUUCAUGAAGUAGAUAACUUUCAAAUGGUCGACUCGGCAUCGUCCAUGCCAUAGACAUACGAACGUUUAUUUUACAUAUACAUAACGAUGGGAACUUUUGAAGUUUAUUUAAUUUCUUUUGAGCCAUCAAAGCCAUUAUUUUGUAGUUCAGGAAAUUGUUGUUGGUCUGCGCAUGCGUGUCACACAGGAUGCCAUAAAUUACGAAAGCAAGGGAGGAAGAGAAUAGAUUGAUCGAAGGACGUAGAAGUACAAGGCAUAUUUUCCUUGGCUUUAACGUUCAAAAUACAUUUUGAAAUCCAUAUAGGAACUUACUAACACAGAUAUGUCUUCGACAACGGCAUGGGCUACUGGAUAUCUGAGGAACCCGCGAAUCCUGCAGGCACAUGAGACCAUCGUGGAUAUGCUUCAUGGAAGGACACCAUUCAAUUUAUUGGAUGCUCUGAGUGUAAAUUUUGGUGCUGAUGAUGAAGAUCCGGAUAGCUCCGGGUCCUCAGACAAUGAGCGCUCAUCUGGGCCGUACUGUGGACUCAACCGGAACUUCCUGCAGAGAUCCGGACCUCGUGUCACAGUCGUCACAACGCGGCAAAUCACCCGAGAGGCUAUAAAGGCGGCAGAAAAGAGUGCUGAAGAACUAAUAGAGGAAGAAGAGAGAUUAAAAAAGAAGGCGGAGAAUAAAAGGCUUAAAAAAUUGAGGCAAAAAGAGAAAAAGCGACUACAAAAACAAGAAAAGGAGAAUGCAAAUAAAACUCAUGAUAAACAGAAUAAUGGAGAGGGUAUAAAAAAAAAUCAGAAUAAGAAGUCAGCCGAGUCUGCAGAUGUCGGCCCACAAUGCCACUCUGAUCUCAGUAGUGAGGAAGAAGAUGAGGACAAGGACAGUAUCUCUAGUGAGCAAGAGUGUCGGAAAACGAAAAAACAACUUCAAAAACGGGAAAAAAAGAAUUAUAAUGAAACUGAUGAUGAAAAGACUAUAGACAGUAAGGAAGAUGUUUGUAUUAAGGGAAAAAAUCAAAAUAAGAAGUCUGCAGAGUUACAUCCUGACAAAGGUCCAGAAUGCUCCUCGGAUGGAAGCAGUGAUGAGGAGGAGGAUGAAGAGAAGGAGAGCGUGCGCAGUGACACUGAGGACCUGGACAUGAGCAGCUGUUUUGUGUCAAAUGCUGCGGCGGCCAUUUCCAAGCGUAAACUAAAGACUAAAGAGAAGAAGGACAAAAAGGACAAAAGAACAGGGGAAUCUGGGAAGGAUUUCCAAAAGCCUAAUACUGAACAGCAGAACAGUAAAGCACAUCAGAAAGAGGUCACACCCCUGUCUACACAGAAUCCAGUAAAGGAAGAUCCAGAGAGGAAUAUUACUGAUCUCAUUUCAAGAAGUAUGGAACUAGCAUGCAUCGGGAACCAGUAUGCAGCCAAUGGGAAUUUGGAAAUGGCUGUCAAGUAUUUCACAGAUGCUAUUAUGUACAACACUAGAGAAUAUAAGUUGUUUGGGAACCGUUCCUUUUGCUUCGAGAGAAUGCAGCAGUAUGAAAAGUCCCUGAUGGACGCUAAUGUGGCUCUAUCGAUGAAUCCUCAAUGGAUCAAAGGACUGUACCGUAAGGGCAGGGCCCUCACUGGCUUAAAGAGGUAUAUGGAGGCUGUGUUGGUGUAUAAGGAGGUGUUAACUCAGGACAGUAGCUGUGCUGAUGCUGCCCAGGAGCUCAUUAAAGUCCAGAUAAUGCAACUCAUGGAAAUGGGUUUCACUAAAGAACAGAGUGCGAAUGCCAUGAUCAUCCAUGGAAGUGUAGAAAAAGCUUUAGAUGCUCUAUCUGGACUACAUGGUACUAUUCCUGUUCAUAGUCCUCCUGUGCAGGAGGACUGGGUGCGAGUAGAGAAGCGAUCCCAGUCUCCUAAAGCUGAUUUCCAGGUGGCCUCUCAGCCAGUCCAGCAGCCAGUCCCACAGACCCAGCCUCAACCCCAAGCUUCACCGCAAUCCAAAUAUGUUAAACCAGAACUGUUCCCUGUCUGGUUUGGUGGUCCAAUGCCAGUCUUAACAGAAGCCUAUAUUUAUGACUUGUUUAACCAAGUUGGGCCUGUUCACAGUGUGAAGGUUUUAAGAAGCAAAGGUUGUGCAUUUGUGAAUUACUACCGGAAACAAGACAGUGAAGAAGCCGUUAAGAAGCUGCAUGGUAUUAUAGUAGCAGGAGGAAUACCUCUCACCGUACGCUUUCCUGAUCGAAUACACCCACACCUGGGGGUGUCCCAAGCUGCUGCUACUGAGUGCACAGAUAAACUCCCAGAUGAGUGUUAUUUUUGGAGAUCUUCAGGCUGCAUCAAGAGCCAAAACUGCCAGUACAGACACAUCCCGCAGAACAAGGGCAUCGACCGGAACAAAUUCAAAUAGCCCAAGGAUUGUACAGUGAUCGUAUGCAUUCCAAAGUGAAUAAUCAAUUUAGCCUUAGUAGUUCAUCUAUUGAGCUUGACUAAACACACCAUAUAUUCCUGGCUGUGCAGAGAUGCCAUUAUCCUAUACAUAACCAAACAUAUCAGCUGUUUAACAGGCAAUCAUGCGUGUGCACGCGCGCACACACACAGUAUGCUCAUAGACCUACAGUACUCCUCUGCUGUCUCAAGUACAGGCUCCGGGCGCUCGCUAAUCUCUUGGGUUUUGGGUGUGAAGCUGCCUAAAAAUCACCGUUUUCUCUGACUUGACCUCUGCCUUGGCUCAAGUCCGUUCUUAAUUGGGUGCUCUGCUUCAGAGCUGUGAUUAGUGGAAAGAAAGGCAUUCGGUUGCAAGCUUCUUUAGUUGGUUAAUGAGAGAUCCACGUUUAAUUAUAAGUCAUUUCAAUACUUAGUUUCGCAGGGCCCCUAAAUCAUGUUGAUGGUUGAACUGUCUAAUAAAAAUGGGAAUUGACAGCAUAUGCUACAAAUUCUGGUUUGUGCCAAAAUGUAUUUCCUCAAGUUGAGUGGGGUUUUUUGGGUGUUUGAAAAAUAGCUUUUAGAAUGAAUCCCCAAUGCUGUUUUAUUUUGUAAUUUUAAUAAUGCAAUUGCCUUUCUCCUUCUGUUUUAAUUAAAUUCUUUUACUAAAAUCCAA